AUGCGGGCAGGUUCCGCCGCCUCUGCUGCCGCCUCCGCCUCGCCUGCCACCGGGGUUUGUAUGAAAACACCGGGCAGCGGGCGGCGAGGGAUUCGCCGUGAGCCGGGUGUCGAGCCCAGUGCUGCAGCUGUGCGCAGUCGCCAGCGCCCUGUUCUGAGCCGCCUUACCAAUAAUUCUCGGGUUGUGGGACUCCUGGCUCAGCUGGAGAAGAUCAAUACUGAAUCUACGGAAUCAGAUACUGCCAGAUAUGUUACAUCAAAAAUUCUUCAUCUGGCUCAAAGUCAAGAAAAAACGAGGAGAGAAAUGACAGCCAAAGGUUCUACAGGAAUGGAAGUUCUGCUGUCAACGUUAGAGAAUACAAAAGAUCUUCAAACUACACUCAAUAUCUUAAGCAUUCUUGUUGAGCUGGUGUCAGGUGGUGGAGGUCGCAGAGCAAGUUUCUUAGUUUCCAAAGGUGGUUCACAAAUAUUGUUACAGUUACUUGUGAAUGCCAGCAAAGAGUCUCCCCCACAUGAGGAGUUAAUGGUACAGAUUCAUUCUAUUCUUGCAAAGAUUGGACCAAAAGAUAAAAAAUUUGGAGUGAAGGCAAGAAUUAAUGGGACUCUGAAUAUAACCCUGAAUUUGGUUAAACAGAAUUUGCAGAAUCACCGGUUGGUUCUACCUUGUCUUCAGCUUUUACGAGUAUAUUCUGCUAAUUCAAUCAAUAUGAUUAAUCUUGGAAAAUAUUCUGUUCACAGACUGCUUUUUAAGUUAUUGGGCCCAUCAAGGCAGAGAACCAGCCUUAGCAAACUAGCUAUUCUAGACACAAUAGAGGUUUUAAAGCUUUCAUAAACAAAUGCCAGGAGAGCUGUAGACAGAGGAUAUGUCCAAGUGCUUUUAACAAUUUAUGUAGAUUGGCACCGCCAUGAUAAUCGGCAUAGAAACAUGCUCAUUCGAAAAGGAAUUUUACAGAGUUUAAAAAGCGUUACAAACAUCAAGUUGGGAAGAAAAGCAUUUACUGAUGCCAAUGGGAUGAAAAUUCUGUAUAACACUUCUCAAGAAUGUUUGGCAGUCAGAACUCUUGACCCUCUUGUCAACACCUCCAGUCUAAUAAUGAGGAAGUGUUUUCCAAAAAAUCGCCUGCCACUCCCAACAAUUAAAAGUUGUUUCCAUUUCCAGUUGCCGGUUAUUCCUGUGACUGGCCCUGUGGCUCAGCUCUACAGUUUACCCCCCGAAGUGGAUGACGUAGUAGAUGAAAGUGAUGACAACGAUGAUAUUGAUUUAGAAGCUGAAAAUGAAACCGAGAAUGAAGAUGACUUAGAUCAAAAUUUUAAGAAUGAUGAUAUUGAAACAGAUAUUAACAAAUUAAAACCCCAGCAAGAACCAGGACGAAAAAUAGAAGAACUAAAAAUGUAUGAACACCUUUUCCCUGAGCUUAUUGAUGAUUUUCAGGACUAUGAUUUAAUCUCCAAAGAACCAAAACCUUUUGUAUUCGAGGGAAAAGUACAUGGUCCUAUUAUUGUUCCUACGGCAGGAGAGGAAGCAUCUGGGAAUUCAGGCAAUUUAAGAAAAGGACUUGCAAUGAAGGAGAAUGGAUCUCCGAAAGGUGAUAAGAAAGCUACCCUUGUGGAUCCAGCAAAAGAAGAUAUUAAAGAUAAUGACAGAACAUUACAACAGCAGCUGGGUGAUCAAAAUAGAACUACUUCAUCAGCCCAUGGCCUAAACAAUGAUAUUGUGAAGGCCUUAGACCGAAUUACAUUGCAGAAUAUUCCUUCUCAGACCACCCCAGGCUUUGCUACAGGAAUGAAGAAGGACCACGGUCUCCCUCUUACUGUCUUUACGUGCACCAAAGCUUGUCCUCACUUGGCUACUUGUGGAAAUGUUCUGUUUGAGGGAAGAACAGUUCAGCUAGGGAAGCUUUGCUGCACUGGAGUGGAAACUGAAGAUGACGAAGAUUCUGAAUCUAAUUCAUCAGUGGAACAAGCAUCAGUUGAAGUACCUGAUGGACCAACACUCCAUGACCCAGACCUCUAUAUUGAGGUUGUGAAAAAUACAAAGUCUGUCCCAGAAUAUUCAGAGGUGGCUUAUCCUGAUUAUUUUGGUCACAUUCCACCUCCAUUCAAAGAGCCUAUUUUAGAAAGGCCCUAUGGUGUACAAAGGACAAAAAUUGCCCAAGAUAUUGAGAGACUAAUACAUCAGAGUGAUAUCAUAGAUCGAGUGGUAUAUGACUUAGAUAACCCAAAUUAUAUCAUUCCAGAAGAAGGAGAUAUUUUGAAGUUUAACUCCAAAUUUGAAUCUGGGAAUCUGCGUAAAGUAAUUCAAAUUAGAAAAAAUGAAUAUGAUCUUAUUCUGAACUCAGAUAUCAACAGCAAUCAUUAUCAUCAGUGGUUUUACUUUGAAGUCAGUGGAAUGCGGCCAGGUGUUGCUUACAGGUUUAACAUCAUUAACUGUGAAAAGUCCAACAGUCAAUUUAAUUAUGGUAUGCAGCCACUCAUGUAUUCGGUUCAGGAAGCAUUAAAUGCCAGACCAUGGUGGAUUCGUAUGGGGACUGACAUUUGUUACUAUAAAAAUCACUUCUCAAGAAGUUCAGCGGCUGCAGGUGGGCAAAAGGGAAAGUCAUAUUAUACAAUUACAUUCACUGUCAAUUUUCCACAUAAAGAUGAUGUUUGCUACUUUGCUUAUCACUAUCCAUAUACAUAUUCAACUUUACAGAUGCAUCUUCAAAAAUUGGAGUCAGCACACAAUCCUCAGCAAAUCUAUUUCCGAAAAGAUGUGUUAUGUGAAACCCUGUCUGGAAACAGCUGUCCCUUGGUGACUAUAACAGCAAUGCCAGAGUCUAAUUAUUAUGAACAUAUCUGUCAAUUCAGAAAUCGCCCUUACGUUUUCUUAUCUGCUCGGGUACAUCCUGGAGAAACUAAUGCAAGUUGGGUUAUGAAAGGAACAUUGGAGUAUCUCAUGAGUAAUAACCCUACUGCUCAGAGCUUACGAGAAUCCUAUAUUUUUAAAAUUGUCCCUAUGCUAAAUCCAGAUGGUGUCAUCAAUGGAAAUCACCGCUGUUCUUUAAGUGGAGAGGAUUUGAACAGACAAUGGCAAAGUCCAAAUCCAGAUUUACAUCCCACAAUUUACCAUGCUAAGGGGCUACUACAGUACCUGGCUGCAGUGAAGCGUUUACCCUUGGUUUAUUGUGAUUAUCAUGGCCAUUCCCGAAAGAAAAAUGUAUUUAUGUAUGGCUGCAGCAUCAAAGAGACAGUGUGGCAUACCAAUGAUAAUGCAACCUCAUGUGAUGUUGUGGAAGAUAUGGGAUACAGGACUUUGCCUAAGAUACUGAGCCAUAUUGCCCCAGCAUUUUGCAUGAGCAGCUGUAGCUUUGUAGUGGAAAAAUCUAAAGAAUCUACAGCUCGUGUUGUGGUUUGGAGGGAAAUAGGAGUACAGAGAAGCUAUACCAUGGAGAGUACUCUGUGUGGCUGUGACCAGGGAAAAUACAAGGGUUUACAGAUUGGUACUCGAGAAUUGGAAGAGAUGGGAGCAAAAUUUUGUGUUGGUCUUUUGCGUUUGAAAAGACUGACAUCCCCAUUGGAAUAUAAUAUGCCUUCCAGCCUGCUUGACUUUGAAAAUGACUUAAUUGAAUCAAGCUGCAAAGUAACUAGCCCUACCACUUACGUUUUGGAUGAAGAUGAACCUCGAUUCCUUGAAGAAGUUGAUUAUAGUGCAGAAAGUAAUGAUGAGUUAGAUAUUGAAUUGGUUGAAAAUGCAGGAGAUUAUGAACCUUCUGCUCAAGAAGAAGUACUUUCUGACUCUGAAUUAUCAAGAACAUAUCUACCUUGAGUCCUCUGCCAUCUCUUGUUAACUGUAAAGAAGAAAUGAAAUAUCUUGGUUUUUAUUACACAGGAAAUUUGAGAGAAAUGAGUUUAUAGAGAGCUGACUCAAAAGACAAAAAGUAACUCGGGCCUGUUUGGGUUUCAAGACAAUAAAUAUGUUACUAAUUCAUGAUAAAAUUGGCACUUGUUUUAUUUUAGAUAUUCAGUGCACUUUAUAUAGCAUUGAAUUAUCAAAUAUUGGAUUUACUUUUUAAAAAACCUAGAGUAUCAUUGCAUGAAUUUCUAUCUCCUUAUGGUUAUACCCUACAUCAAAUGGAUAAUUUUGAAGUGUAUCAGAAUAUAAGUCUAAAUUCUAGAGUUGUUGAAAAUCCUACAUUGUGGAAAACUAAUAUAUAUGUACACGGAUUUCUAUACAUGUGUUUGUGUAGGGGUGGGGUAGAUAUUGAAGAUAAGACUGUUCUUCCGAAUCAUGUUAACUGUUGGGUUGUGGCUGAAAUAAUCCAGAGUUUGCCUUGAAACUAUUACAUUCUACAUUUACCAAAUUAAACAAAUAAAAACUAUAUUAAAUGUU